AAUCCACACACACGCGCGCGAAAUAAAUAAUAAAGAUAAGAAUGUCACGGCGGCUCCUGACUCAGAAGCUCGCUCUCCCCUCCGCCACUCGCGGCAGGGUUCCUUCUGUGAUAAUAUUACCGAACACGGCGAUGGUGGUGGUGGUGGUGUAGCGUGCGUGCGUGCGGCGUGUGAUGAUAGCGAUGCUGGCGAAGGUGACGAUGGUGCUGGUGUGAUCAUGGUGAUGGGUGGAGGAGGAGGAGCAGCAGCAGCAUCAGCAGCAUCAGCUCCGUGGCGUGUGCCCCGCGGGGGCCGGGUUUAACUCGGCAGACGGAGAGGGAGCGACCACGGCUGGCCGCCAGCUUUCGUCUCGACGAGUCACGACGCGUCCGGCUGUUUCGACGAUCCGGCUCGGGUACCGCGGAUUGAAAUAUUUCACUGCGAUCUAUGGACACUUAUUUUUGAGAGACAGCAAGUGGACUGGCUGGCUAUAAUAUAAACAAAAAAAUGAACAUUUAAGGUAACGAGAAUAAAAGUGCAUAUUAUCCGACACCAUGUCAGGGGUGCAAUCUGCAAGCGGCAUCCCAAGCACACCACACCCAAAGGUCCGAGCCCUCUAUGGCUACGAGUAUAUUAGCUCGGAUGGAAGGGUCAUCAAGAUGACCGAGGGUGAAGAGUUUUUUCUUCUCAAAAAGGCCAACGAGGACUGGUGGCAAGUGAAACGGCCCACGGAGAGCAAGCCCAUAUACGUACCAGCGACAUACGUAGAGGAGAAGCCCAUAGAGCAGUCGCCUGUGCUCAAGACGUUUGGCAAGAUUGCGUCAUUCAACGGUGCUGGCUCAGGCCUGCGCAACGGAAGCACAGACCAGCCAACGUCGCCCAAGAGCAAGAUCGUUGCAACAAUUUCACUGCCUCUCAACCCCUAUGAGGGCUUUAGGGGCUCCGUCUUGAUGCAGGAUGACUCGGAAUAUGCCGAAAUUACCUUCAAGGAGGAGGAGGAGACGACACACCUGUCCACAGGAUCCUCACAGUCCCCAUCCCCGCUUCCCAAUUCCCCGCUGGCCUUGACAGCACGCUCUUCCUCACCCGUCUACACCAACCUGGAGGAGCUGAAGCUGGUCCAGGGCACAGACUUCCCACCCACGCCAACGGGGGAACCCAUCGUCACCUCCGAGGAUUCAUGGGAGACGCAUCUGGACGAGAGCUCCAAUCGCUUCUUCUACCGGAACUUGCUCUCCGGCGAGAUGAGCUGGAAGCCCCCUCGACGAGCCAGGCCUCCGACGCCCCCGCCAGACUACAGCCCGUCACAGUCGAGCCUCGCAGCGGCGCCCCAGGCCAUCUUGCCACCUGGCUGGCAAGAGGAGAUGGACGCGAAGGGAGAGAUCAGCUUCACCCACCUGGCCAGCCCUGACAAGUGGAAGAGGUUGAUGGAUGAAAAUGGCAAGGUGUACUUCUACACGAGCAAGGGGGACAGUGUCUGGGAGCUCCCAAAGCUGGAGUCUCCCCCUCCCACUGAAGAGCCCAGGGCCGGAACCCUCCCUCGUGCAUCGCACGCCUCGGAGCGGUCCCUCCACAGCAGCACGCUCCCACGCGGCACGGGCACCUCAUCGUCCUCCUCCUUCUCAUCCUCGUCUGCAGCCAUGACGCAGGAUGUGAAACCCGCACUCAGCAGCUUUGGCAUGGCCACGCUACCACGCGCCUCCGCCGGCUCGUCCGACAGGCAGUUUGGCACCGGCGCCGGCGGCAGCAGCAGCGGCAGCGGCAGCAGCGGCAUCGGCAGCACCACCUCGGCGUUGGCCGCGACUUCUCUGGUGGCGACACUAAGGCCCGGCGGGCCUGACAAGCCUCAGCUCGUGCUGACAGAGCAGGGCACGGUGACGGCAGUCAACUGGCGCGUGCGGCAAGGCGGUCUGGACAGGGCCAUCCAAGCCAAGUCGGUGUUCAUUCCAGAUGAACCAAAGAUUACACCGCACAAAAGGACACUUUCAGAUCACGACUUGUCGGACAAGGCUGCACCAGCAACUGUAAAUCCACUGUCACCACCCUUGGACAAAGCUGGAAUGCUCAACAAGACCAAGAUAAUGGAGGCUGGCAAGAAGCUCAGGAAGAAUUGGGCUCCCUCGUGGGUGGUGCUGAGUGGAAGCAGUCUGGUUUUCCACAAGGAGCCCAAAGCACAAACUGCUGCCAGUUGGAAAACGGGCUCGGCACAGAGCAAGCCCGAGGGCUCGGUGGAGCUACGUGGAGCCCACGUGGAGUGGGCCCGGGACAAGUCGAGCAAGAAGAAUGUCUUUCAGAUCCAAACAGGGACGGGGCAUCAUGAGUUCCUUCUGCAAUCGGAUAAUGAUACCAUUAUCAACGAGUGGUUUCAAGCCAUAAGGAGCGUCAUACAAAAACUGAGCAGUGAGCCAGGAAACCGGGAUGAGGUGUUCCUCAGUGUGGUGAAAUUUGGUGGAAACUUUGACGAGGUCGACGGCAGCGGCGGAGAAGAGGAGAGCAGCGAGUCACCUCUGCGGGAAAAGUCCAAGGAUUCCAAGAGGCCAUGGGCAGUCGGUAAACCAGCAGUGGUGGAAAGCACGGACAAAAAGAAAGCCAAAAGGAAAUUGAUGAAAUUCUUUCCGAAGAGGCCACCAAUCCAGUCACUGAGAGACAAAGGCCUUAUCAAAGAGCAAGUGUUUGGCUGUCCAUUGGCAAUGCUGUGUGAACGGGAAAACACCACCGUGCCCAAGUUUGUCCAACUCAGCAUCGAGACUGUUGACAAAAGAGGGCUAUGCAUAGAUGGAAUCUACCGGGUUAGCGGGAACUUGGCCACGAUACAGAAGCUGCGCUUCCUUGUGGAUCAUGAAGAGAAGGUGAGCUUGGAUGAGAGCCACUGGGAAGACAUCCACGUCAUCACCGGAGCCCUCAAGAUGUUCUUCCGGGAGCUGCCUGAGCCCCUCUUCCCAUUCAACCAGUUUGAUCCCUUCAUUAGUGCCAUAAAGCUCCAAGACAGCAGGGAGAAGUUGACCAAGAUUAAGGAGCAAGUGCAAAAACUCCCCAAGCCAAAUAAAGACACCAUGAGAGCCCUGUUUGAGCACCUGAAAAAGGUGAUCGCGUGCGGCGACGCCAAUCGAAUGACGACGCAGAGCGUGGCCAUCGUGUUCGGGCCCACGCUCCUGCGGCCCGAGAAUGAGAGCAGCAGUAUGGCCUUCCACCUUGUCUACCAGAACCAGAUCGUGGAGUUCAUACUGUCCGAGUUCACCACCGUCUUUGGCGUGUAGCCCUCGACUGUGUUUGCACUACUCGUCUGUCCAGGCGCAGCGCCACUGAUCUAACUACCUGUCUAUUUUAUAUUGUAGCCGUUCGAUGUCUUCUCCUGUAAGCGUCCACAAGGUGAGUUCCAGGUAAAGCUGAAUGUAAAAAUGCGUCAACAAGGCCUGCAUAUUGCAUAAGCAUUGUAGCUUCAUCACACACUUCAUCUUUGCAAUCCUGGCCUUUUCACAUUAAUAUGAAUGGUAAAUUUAAUGCUUCUAUUAAAAAAACAAUCAUAUUUGAAUAAAGUUCGUUUAAACGAGAAAUUAUUUUUUUAUAUUUUGUUAAAAUAACCUAUCGUCUGUGGUAUAACGACUUGCAGUGCAUUUCCGCAGGGAUAUUGAAGGUGUGUGAUUGACACCGGAGCAAAUAUUUGGCCUAUUUAUUUUGUAUUCUGAAGAAAAAAUAACUUGGUCAACGCCAUGUACAGCGAUGUCUAAACAAAUAAUUUCAUAACGGUGCCAUGCUUCGCUGGUGAUAUGUUUGUGAGUAAGCGCGAGAGUGCGUUAUGAAGCCAAACCGCGUUUCGUCAGUGCCACGCAAAAUCACGUCGUCGAGCUCUCGUGUUUCAAUAAAACUGCUCGUCCGAUGUAUACAAAUUUUAAGCGAUUGUGGCUCAAUUGUAUAUAACUCUAAAGAAACUAAACGUCCUUCAAGUGUUAAAUGCGAUUAAAAUUCAUGACCCGAGAUACUCAACAUUUUAAAUCGCUUAAGUUUUCUUUUUUGAAUCUGACAGUUCCCGACGUAUUAAAUGACAUUCUGAAAUGUGUCCUGAGCAUGUAAAUUUAGAAAUCAGAAUAACCUUAAAAUGUACGAGUUAUCAACACUGCAACAUGCCUGAUCAUUGAUACAUUUGUAUAUAUGCAUCUUGUGUACCUAAAAGGGGCUUGUCAUAGAUGAAAGGCACGUGGAACUAUUUUUCUGGAUCCGUGUUUAUGCUUUGGGAUUCUUCUACACAAAAUAACUUAUUGUAAGACCCAACGAACUUGUAUUUUCAACUGGAUAUUGUUAAAACACUUAAAAGGUUUGCGUUGCAUUUUAUCUCUACAUUUUCAAAGUGCAUGAAAUUGUUGGCAGAGGUUGUCGAACAUACAAAUGGACCCAUUCGUGUUUACAAAGCCACAGCCCUGUUCAAAGUUUGUUCAUGAUGACCAUCGAACAUCGUAUCUUAAUGCAUGGGUGUCAAAGAGGCUAUAAUUUAAGUACGUGUGCUUUUGGAUUGAAUACGGUCUGACAGGAGAAACACUUGGGGUUUUAUUUUCGAUCGUACAGUUUUUACUUUAAUUUUCUGUUUGGAGGUUGCAGCUUUCAAUGCACUUACUUGCCAAAAUGAGGGGACUGGUGAGUUUUGAUAUGUGAGCUGUAUGUGUUGCUGUUGGAUUACACCAAUGUGGAUAUUGUUCAGUUUUCAUUUCUGCUUUGCUGUACUUCUUGUGGCAGUAGGUCACCCCUUCUCUGUAGGUGAAACGGUUUGCGUUGAGGUGUCAGUGUUUAUAGGUAGGUGUGUGUGUGUGUUUGUGCGCUUAUGUUUGUGUCAUUCAGAGAGUCUCUAGUGUGGUGUCUGAGUUUUGUUUAAACCUCUGUGUGCUCGUAUAUAACUGAUUACGGUCAUUACUAAUAUAAACGUUAACCUAGGAUAUACGGGAGCAUUAAAUACCCUUGAACGAUUUGUUCACUUUUUGAGCAAUAGUUAAAAAAAAUGACAAUCUUGUUUAUGUUAAAGUAAUAGUCUGUGAAAUAGGCUUGCUCAGAAGGUGGAUAAAAGGUCAUUAAAACCAUUGCUUCUCAAUCAUUAUCGAGGGCUUGUUAGGUGAGCCUAGGUUGGUGUGCUGUGAAAGAUGUUACCAAAAACCCCUGUGUGAGGCCACUUUGACAAGUAGUGUAGGAAAUGUAUCAAUUCAGGCAUGCCUCCGUCACUGUGGAGGUGUAGAGAAGGGUGCUGCAUGCCACUUGUCUGUAUUCUUGCCAAAAGGACUUGCAAUGCAGAGUCGAUCAACUACUGACCUUAUAUCAUGCGGUUGAUUUUUCAACGAACAAAGUUUGACGAGUAAUUGUUUUGAGUGUUGUAGAGGUUUCUCUUGUUUUUUAAAAGAACCACUAGGUAUAUCCGUUUGUGUAAUUUGUUAAUAUUGUGUUUAUUAUCGUCGUCGUCAUCAUCAUGUUUGUAUUUUGAUGUAUUGACAUGUACAAUUAUUCAACUUAAAAUACAUUGCGCAAAUACAUUGUAACCAAUUUUCGAUUUUUCUGUUAAUGUUGCCUACCAGACACUUAGCAGAUUACUAUUAUCUAUUGGGAGCUCUCAAAUACUCAUAUCUUUAUUGAAUCAAUUCUAAAUGAUAUUGGUGGCUAAAAAUAUGUUUUUCAGCCACUGCAAUUUCCCAUCUCUUUAAACAGUCGCUCAGGUGCCAGCAUUGUUUUGUAUCAUAGCUUUAAAAUGUUCUUGCCUGACACUGCCCACAUUAAGUGCUGAAAUAAAAGACUGUACAUUGUCACUUGCCAUAUCGCAGUUCUAACAAACUGAGCGUAAGUUGAACAUACAGCUUCAAAGCACAAGAAAGUAUGAGGUGUUGGCACAUGCAAACGUUUUCCUGUCAUGAGACAUAUAUGUGGUUGUUGCCUGUGUCCAUUAACAACAUGAAUUGUAGGCUGUGGUUUGUCGAGAGUUGUGAUAAUCAAUUUGUCUAGCUACACUCCCUUAUUAUGUAACGUUUUUACCCACCCCAACUGGACAUCUGUCAAAAAGAGCUUCAUAGCUAAUCGGAUUCCUCCAAUGUAAUUAGAUAUUCUGACCUGUGGAAACAGGCACUGGGAGAAUCUCGUCGGGCCCAAGCCAGUUUGUUUUCAAGCCAUGCAUAGUGAACCCAUAACAUGUUACAAACGUGCCACGGUCUAUAUAAGUUGACAGGGAGAGGGGGAGGGGCACGUUUACGCUAAAAAGUGCACUAAUUGUUUGUUUGAUAAAUGUAAGAAUAAAGUCAAAUAAUGUUGUAUCCUGCCAGGUGAGCCAUUGUUUGGAACACAAUGGCCAUGUCUUACUCUUCACCUAUGACAUACAGCAAUGACACAAAAUUAGAAGAAAAAAAACAUCUACGCUAAUUAAAAAAAGUUAAAUGCACCACAAGCUUUAUUAAUUUUGAAAUGUUGAUGAGCUUUCAUCCAAGCUUGAGAUUCGUAUUUGUGCAAGCUUAUAAUUUUAUUUUUAAAAGGUAGUUUAACAUAAAUCAACUUCAUGUUGACACUGCUUUACAACAAUGACAUAUAUAUUAAAUAUAUUAAUAUUGCAGGUAUUGGGGCUUCAGAGCAGCCAAAGAAAAAAAAUACCUCGAUGUGGUAAAGUUGUGACAUCACAUGUUUUGAAUUAAAAUUUGAAUAUUUUGCCAAUAUCAGAUUGAACGGAAAUUAAUACUUAAUGUCUGCGAAUGAAAAUCCUUUAAUGUGUCUACUAACAUUUGUUUUAAUGUAAUCUUAAUAUUUGGUAGUUUUUUCAAGGUACCAACGAUAAUAAGUCAAUCUUUUUGUCCUUGAAUACUCUGAAUUAAGGCUAUUAUCCAAAAAGUUGGCCAAUCAUGUAUUUUCCUGAUUUCAGGCCAUGUUAAUGACAAAGACGGCCUUAUAUAAUUUCUGUCGGCAUACAAGCACAGUCCCCUGGUCUUUUACUGGUUCAUGAGCUAAUGCUAUUCUUAAGUCCGGCUCCUGGUCUAGUACGAGUGAGAUCCUGGAUUCAAAACCCAGCCUUCAACCUGAGUUUAAAGCACAUUCUCGUGCACAUUGAAUUUCGUUGCCUCGGCCUCGUCUGCUGUCAAUCAUUAUGCUUUAUAAUCAACAUACACAUGUUUGGUUUUAUACUUCAGAUCUGAUGAUAGCUUUGCACAUAUGCACCGAGUGAACUGCUUUAUAUUUUGCAUAGCUGAUAUGUGUGCGCAUCCUUGUGGUUGUAUAAAAUAGACCCAAGAAACAUAUCGGGCAAAGGCCUCCGGUGUUGAUGCUAAGUUCUUUGCUUUCCAUAUGAUAAGUGGCUUUGCCGUUGGUAGAAGGUACACAAAUGCAACAUGCUCGCUUUAUGGCUUAAUGCACAUAGCACAAUGGGUAUAUGAUUAUCAUGAAACAAGAUGUCCAAUCUUGACAAAAGGCAACUUACUUAGACUUAAGAUUAUUUUCAUUGCAGAGAGGAAAGAAAAACGUCAUCGUGUAAUUUUGUAUUCAUUUUUUUUUAUAAUCUUACGCAGCUGUUUGAAGCAACUCGAAUUUAUUGUUUUGAACGCACCAUUAAAAGAGGCCAAUGCACUAACUCUAAAUCCUUCUUUGUUUUCCCAAUCCAACAAUUCAAUCUGGCAUGUGCGCUGGGAGGUGUGAAGGGCCAGAAAGUUGCCAACAAAACAGCCCAACCACACUUUACAUUUUGAAUCUGUAUGCACUUUAUGUCAGAAUUUGUCAGGACACGUGAACACUGGAGCCACCUUUGAUUUGCUUGUUGGUGAAUGUCUUUGAGAAAAUGCCUGAAUCAAUCUGUCGGGAGAUGUUAUUUCCACGUUGGUGUCGUUUUGUGCUGGAUCAAUGCGUUGGUGCCACGUACGUACCAACAAUUUGGCUGUCUUAGCAUUUUUCGUUUGUUUUGCAUGCACCUCGUGAUAAAAAAAGACUUGCACACUACACUGCAUUAAAGCCAACAGUACUAUUCAUUGUGAAUGCAGUAAUGUCUUCAUAAUUACACAUCCAUUGAACUGUGUCAAAACAUUAGCAAUGUAAUUGUGUGUUUGUAAUACGCGUAGGAUCAACAUAAUCUUUCACAAAAACGCAUACCAAUUUGGUUUCCCUACCAUUUACUUUUGUUAACCGCCUAACACUGCGUGUAUUUUUUUUUAUGUGUAUGGCCUUGUAAUUAUAUUCUGGAUUAAUGUGUACAGUGUCCUAAUAAUGAUCUGUUUUGGGGUCAUCUUUUAGCAAUGGUGUAAAGGAAACAUUUGUGUUUGUUUUCAUAGAGUUUUAUCAGCGCUGUACAGAAAACUGCUACGAUAGAAAUAAAAUGUAACUAUUUAAAUCUUG